GAAGUAUUCAUCGAUGUGACUCUAGCAUGUGGUGGCAAACAAUACCCAGCUCACAAAUUUGUGCUAUCAACAUGUAGUGACUACUUUAAAGAAAUGUUCACAAAAAACCCUUGCAAGCAUCCCAUAGUGUUUAUGAAAGAUGUUUCUGCCAGAGACCUUGAGGCAUUAUUAGAUUUUAUGUACAGAGGAGAAGUUAAUGUGCCCCAUCACAAUCUAGCGUCACUAAUUAAGACUGCAGAGGGUCUGCAAGUCAAGGGUUUAGCCGUCCCAGAUGAUCCCAUCCAGCUUAGGAAAGCCGACCGAUCAUCUAGAGAGGUCCCAACUCCUAGACCACCCCCAGAGCCAUCAGCCAGCCCUCCACCAAAGAGAAAACGAGCACGAGACUCUGAAUAUGGGGCUUCUGGGAUUGGCCUUAUGUAUAGUAAUUCAUCACCUCAAGAACCCAACAGUCCUUACGACCUGUCACAAAAAUCCUCCUCAUCAUCCGUGUCACAAUCAGAUAAUGCACAGAAUGAGUGUGCUCUUCACUCUGCUUCUCCGGAUCAACCUCACUACGGGAACAAGGAAAAUUCACCAGAAGAUAGUAAGCACCUAAUAAGUACACCUCAGCCCCCACAUACACCACAACCCCCACGUUCUCCAGUGCCUAUGGCCCCUUUAGAAGUUAAUUGCCAAGACAGGAACCGUGAUGACUCUGAUCCUGUGCCGGGACCGUCAUGGAGACCACCAAGUUCCGCAAAACCUGAUGAUGAAGUGGUUGUGAAAGAAGAUAUCUCCAUAGAAGAGGAGGAGGAGGACUGGGGGUUAGAGAGUGGUCCAGGGAGUGACAUGGGGGAUGCCAGUAGUGGUGGAGAACACCCACACAUGGAUAUUCUUCCCCCACACUCUUGUUCUAACUCUAGUCUUGCCUCCUCCUUGGACCCAGCACUGAAGGACUUGUCAUCAAAGUCAUCCAAGUUGAAAAGGGAGGACUCAUCUAUGCUGAGCCCUCAAAGUCAUGGCAGCAUGCCCCCUCACCAUCCAACUCCUCCAAUCUCUGGCUCCAUGCUGCUACCACCAGGACCACUUUGGCCACAAGAUAGCAAUGUUAAUAUUGAGGAGAUUCUACCCUGCCCCAUCUGUGGUAAGAAAUUCCCUAAGAAAAGAAAGUCAAAUUUACAAGUGCAUCUAAGAACUCAUACUGGAGAGAGACCAUUUAAGUGUCAACAGUGUGGCCGAGGUUUCAAACAGAAAGCACACCUUGAGAAACAUCUUGAAAAGUCCUGCCAUGUAAUGUCAGAGUACGUGCCUUAUCCAUUUUUUCCCAAGAUCUGAGUGCUGGGCAGUGUCUGCACAUUCAAUACCAUGACCCAAAAGGCUCAUGCUCACUUUGGCUUAGUGACUCUACCUCAGUCCUGCGUCAACAAAUUUUAGGCCUGUGCCAGAAAGGCAGUGAAUCCACCCAGUCGUGCCUCACCAGACCUUGGCCCUAUGCCAGAGGGCAAUGACUGCAUCCCGGCUGAGCAUAUGCAUUACUCCUUAACUAUUAACAAUGUGAUGUUGUCUGUGACAGUGACAAAGUUGCCUGCAUUAAAACAGUUGAAAAAUUGUCAUAGACUGAAAAAAAAAUAUGGCUUUAAACUGCUCAUUUGUAGAGCAUCCUGUGAAUCUCAUGUUUGAGAUAUGAAUGCAUAAUUAUAAGUAAUAAAUAUGACUAUUUGAACUUUUUAUUGCUACAUUAUCAACACGGGUACAACCGUCCGAUAUUAGUUUUGUAUUCACAUAUAUGUACAAUUAUAAAUGAACUUGGCCGUUUUUGAGUUCUACAGUACUGUACUGUAGCUGAGUGCAGCUUUCACACAUGUACAGUAUCUGAUGUAUAUACAGCAUCAUCCUUGUAUAGAGAGCAUUAAAACAUAAACUCUUGAUCUUGUCUCCUAGUUUCAAAUUAGUGCCCUGCAAUGGUUCAUCACAUCCCUCCACAUUUUAUAUUCCAGAUUACUAUAUUUACUGUACCAUAUGUAAAUAAUUAUACACAGG